CGAAUAAGUAUUCGAAAUACUAGAAGAGAAAAAAAUACAAAAAAAUUAUUUCCAUUUAAGCCCUAAUUCUUUCAAUUGAUCCAAGUGAGCAAUUAUUAAUAUCACAAUAAUUGUAAAUUGAGUUGUUAAUGUAGCACAUUGGGUACUUCAAUAUAUUUUUAUACAUGUAUAUUUUACAACUUUGUAACUUAGGGUUCUCCCGUUUAUACUGAAUACAUAAAUGAAUAUAAGAUUUGUUUUUGCUGUACUAUGGUAAAAUGUAAAAUUUUAAUGUGAAAAAAAUUUAGGUACCCUGAGUUCUAGUUGCAAUAAAAUCAUAUGCAGUCUACUUGGUUGUGUAACAGUUUAUAAAAAAAAAUAAUUAUAGCACAUCUUCUUUUUCCUAAGGAGAUGUUGUCUUUUAUUCAUCGACGUUUUGAAUAUAUUUUAUUGAUUUCACUAGGAAAAAAUGUGUCUACCAAAGAUCCAAUUUUAUCUAUACAUUCAACAGCUACUUUAAAAUCAAUAACCUAUUACAUGAUUCAAAUGUUUCUUUUGAGCUAAUAAAAAAAAUAGAAACACACCCCAUAUAGAGCGACAUGGCAAUAAUCAACCCCUGGAGAGCUCAGCAGGGGAACUAAGGGUGUUAAGGAAUAGAACAUGGAAUUCACAUAACUUGUACCCUUGAAAAAACAAAAAUCAAAUGAAACAAAAGCAAAUAUCGAUGGCUUCCGAGAAAAAACUAAAAAUGAAGGGAGAGAGAUAUUAUAAAAGUGGAAAACACAUAAAAAGGUUGACAGUUUAGGUAAAUUAUUCAGUGAGAGACCAUUCGGUGUGGAAUGUUCUCAAGAAGUUGUGUUUGGGUUAUCAGUAAACUAUGGUACGUUACUCUUGUUUUCAUAAUUCUCGGAAACAUGUGCAUGGACCCAAGACUGAAAACUGCCACAUCGCAGGUAGAAGCAGCAAGUACAACAGACGAGUGUCAAGUGACUCCUGUUAUUCACGUAUUACAAUACCCCGGUUGCGUACCGAAGCCAAUACCUAGUUUUGCUUGCAUAGGAAGAUGUGCUUCAUACAUUCAGGUGUCUGGAAGCAAAAUCUGGCAAAUGGAAAGAUCCUGUAUGUGCUGCCAAGAAUCAGGUGAAAGGGAAGCUUCUGUAUCACUGUUUUGUCCAAAAGCCAAGCCAGGAGAGAGGAAAUUUAUAAAGGUCACCACAAAAGCUCCGCUGGAAUGUAUGUGCAGACCUUGCACAGGAGUUGAAGAAAGUGCUGUUAUACCCCAAGAAAUCGCAGGAUAUUCGGACGAAACUCCUCUGUCUGGCCAUUUCCUCAAAUCGCACCAGCUGUAAAAAUGUUCAUGGUUGUUCUUCAAUAAAAAAAUCGAUGUCUUCAAUGAUUAUUCUCUUACUAUGAAAUGAUUAAUUCAGUUCAAUACUGUGUUCAAACUCAAAUACAAAUCAAUGAUUCUAUUAAUUUACAGUUUACUUAGUAAAGCAAGUGUUUCACAU